UGGUGUAUGUGAUCCAGGAAAUAGAAGAAUCCCGAGGAACCAUUUUAAACAGUGCGAGGAGUUUCAAUGGCGUGAACGACAUCAAGAGCCGAGCGCUUCCGAUGGAUACGGGUUUAUAAAGUUUCAGGAGCUGUUUAUUGCCAUUCAAGACCCACACAGUGGGUCCUACAGAGCUUGAAGACUUCCUUCGAUUAGAAGACAGAAAAAUGAUGUCCCUGGACAAUUUUCAAAAGACAGUCCUGAACCCAAGUAUUCCGUAUGCUGGGACUAUAAUUGGGGGUCUUUUGCCUGGAGAGCUUGUGGUCAUACGUGGGUCCGUCCCAGAAAGUGCAGAAAGGUUCCAGAUAGACUUCCAGUGUGGCAAUAGCACAAAACCUCGGGCUGAUGUAGCCUUUCAUUUCAACCCCCGCUUCAAAAAAUCUGGUUGCAUCGUUUGCAAUACCCUACAAAAUGAAAGAUGGGGCUGGGAAGAGAUAACUCACGCAAUGCCUUUUGGAAAAGGAAAGCCAUUUGAGAUUGUUUUUAUGGUUCUGCAUGAUAAAUUCCAGGUAUCUGUAAAUGGAAAGCACUUGUUGAUCUACAAGCAUAGGCUUAACCUUGAAAAAAUAGAUACAAUUGGAAUAUAUGGAAAUGUGCAAGUCAAUAUGAUAGGAUUUGUGUCAAAUGCGUCUUUGCAAGGCUCUCAGCCAUCCUUGCUAGGGGCAACAAAGACAAACGCAGGAAAUCAGGAAGAAGUCCCUGAUGUGUCACAGUUUGUAGUUCCUUACAUUGCAAGACUUCAUUCUCCUCUUGAGCCUGGGCGAACAAUUGUCGUAAAAGGAGAAAUUAAUGAAAAAGCAAAUGGCUUUGCCAUUAACCUUAAAGCCAGUGACUCAGAUGACAUUGCUCUGCAUCUGAAUCCCCGAAUAAGAGAUAAAGCUUUUGUGAGAAAUUCCUACCUGGACAGCAGCUGGGGAGAAGAAGAAAAGCAGAUCCCUCAUUUUCCUUUUGCUCCAGGAAUGUAUUUUGAGUUGAUAAUACUCUGCAAGGCCCAUCAGUACAACAUUGCGAUCAACGGUGUGCAUGCCAUAGAGUACAAACACCGGUUCAAACAACUUGGAAAGAUCAGCAUCCUGGAAAUCCGUGGGGACCUUCGACUGCUGGAUGUGAGGAGCUGGUAACCGUGAUGCAGUACUUGUGUGUUACUUUCAAAGUGAUUUUAAAAAGGUCUCCUUGAAUCCCUUCCUCUAAUCUUGAGGACACUGAGCAGCAUUAAACUUGAUCCAUCAACCGCAGCAAAAAAUGCAUAUAUACUGGAUGCAGAUUGCUUACAAAAACCUUUCUGUAUUUGUCCAUGGAAAUCAACUGACAUAAUAUCUAAAAACUAACCAUAGCUUGCAGAAUAAACAUACUGUUGAUUCACAGUGUAAUGUUAA